AUGGUUAACGUGAAGUUGAUGUUUUUGAGAAUGCUUUUCCUGGCUCUGGUCUUGGGAGAGGUGAGCAGAGAGAGAAUUCUCGAACAGCGCCAUACGAGAUCUGUGGUGAAUAUGGACCAUAUGCUUCUGCUAGAUAGCCAUCUUGCUGAAAAUUUGGAAAAUUUCGCUGCGGCUCUCUCACAGAAGGCCAAUACGAUUAUAUGGGGCAUCCACCAGAUGGUGGAAAGGUACCAAAACUAUGGAAAACAUUGGCAGAAUUCGGUUGGCCCAUUCUACAGCUACUCCCUCAUCCGCCACAUGCAGGCGGACUGGUUGAUGUGGAAGGAGUAUCUGGAAAAGCCUGUUGGCCAAGAAUAUUUGGCCUAUAUGGAGUCACAACGAACUAACUUGCCAAAGGACUGCGACUUGUUAGACGCAACUGAAGGGAUGAGGAAAAUACAAGUUACUUACCGGAUGCUAGCCACUGAUGUCGCCAAAGGUCUGCUGGAUGGAGUACAAUACAACUCUUCCUUGGCACCAGUUGACUGCCUGGCAAUGGGUGAGUAUCUGAUGAAUGAAUCGCGUUGGAAGGGAGCGGAGCAAUGGAUUCUUGCAGGAAUUGCUGCUGAGGCUCAUCAGACUGCCUUGCAUUUGCUGAGGGGACCAAGUGACGCUGAACUGUACAGGAGACUGGGUCAAGUGCGGAUGGAGCAGGGAAAUCAUAAGGGUGCCCUGGAAGCUUAUCAGGUAGCCCUAAAGCACUCACCGCAUGACUCAAAAGUGUUCGAGGAGUACCGGACCUUGGAAGGCAGAAUUCUUACAUUAAAAGCUUUCAAGCCGAUUGAAGAGGAAGAAGACGAUUCUUACGAAGACAAUAUUCUGCCUCCUUGUUGCAGCGGCCGCUGUGAAGUUUCCCGAAAACUAAGGAGGUUAUAUUGUGUGUAUAACCAUGUGACUUCCCCCUUCCUGCUACUGGCCCCCAUCAAAACGGAGAUUCUCUCGAUCGAUCCGUUCGUGAUGCUCCUCCAUAACAUGGUAUCCCCACAGGAUAGUGCUCAGCUAAGAUCUUCGAGCAAGCAAGACUUGCAACCGUCCACCAUAGCUAACAUAAUAGACAAAAAUUUUACAAUCGAAGUCGCUGACUACCGGACUUCAAAGUCAGUUUGGUAUAGUAACAGCUUCAGCGAGGCCACCAAAAAUACGGUUGAGCGUUUGGGAGAUGCAACUGGUCUGGACAUGAACUACACGGAGCACUUCCAGAUCAUUAACUAUGGCCUUGGGGGCUUCUUCACGACACACUUUGACUUAGUGCUCAAGGACGAGGACCGAUUCAACGGAAGCUCCGAUCGCCUUGCUACCACGCUCUUCUACCUUAACGAUGUGCCCCAAGGCGGUGGCACCCAUUUCCCGAAACUGAACAUCACGGUCUUCCCAAAGUCGGGAUCGGCUCUCUUCUGGUACAAUUUGCGCAACAGUGGUAGUACUCACAAUGGUACCCUCCACACUGGCUGCCCGGUCAUCGUGGGUUCCAAAUGGGUUGUCAGUAAGUGGAUAACAGACGAAGGACAGGAGUUCCGAAGGCCCUGCAUCGAUUCGAAGUCAAAGAAGAAGUACUUUCCAUCUGUUGAAAAAGUUAUAAUUUAG